GACAAAGUAGUGCUAACUGUCGCGCGCGGAUUCCAGGCAUGGCCGUCGAGUAUGCAUACUGGAACUUCGUUGAAAGCCAUCCGGGGCAUCGUCCAGCGUCGCGUCGUGAUCAGGAGGACGCGUUGGAAUUUUUGGCCUGGUGUUUCACGGACACUCUCUUUGCACCUAACGGGAAGCCAGCCUCCGUUCCAUUCACUCGCGAAGAAUGCAAGGAAUUGCUAGAUCUUUUCCGUUCUAUCGAACCCAUCAUCGGCGGUCGCGCCACGAUGCUCAAAACUCGCAUAGUUGCAAAGAUCCUGCUACGCAACUUGCAAUGGCGUCAACAGCUCUACUCAGCUUCCAAGAGCCAAACGCCACUGAUAUCCGGUGCACAAGAUGUUGGCACCCUGUCGGGUUUUCCGAUGCCCCCCGUCUCAGCGGCCGACGAACGGGACGUGGGGGCAAAUGAGGGUGAAGACGUCGGACGCGGUCGACCCAACAGCGGGACCUCACGUACACUUCCGGUCCCCCCACAAGCCGGAUUUGUCAAAGGAAGCAUCAAUCUCGUGGCCACACUGUUCCUGACAGCCACUCGCGUGUUCCUUUGGCUGCCCUCUAAAGGUUUACAAGCGGUGUCCUCUGCCGCUCGAGCCUCGGGCGUGGCCUCAGUUGCGUAUUCGGCAUCCCACCUCGCGAUGGAUGUUCUAGGCAUCAAAGACCCCAACCAUCCAAAGCCGUCAGCAGUAAAUAGACGGAGUUCUGCUGAUCGUCUGCCCCCAGGAGAGUCCGAAGACGAUGAAGCUAGGAGCCAUUUGCUAAAGACACACCGCCGGAGCGAUUCUGUUUCUUAUUCCCUAGCCCUGUUCACUCAUCCCGACCCACGGCAGUCCGGUUCGCAGACUCUGAUUAGCCCAUCUUACGCAAUCGCCGGCUCCUUUCAGCUGGUUCUCGUCAUCUGGACCCUAAUUGCGAUCUUCACAGUUGCCUGCGUCUUGGGCCUUUUACGAUCUUUGGGCCACGUUUGGAAAGACGAGGUCUACAUCCCCCGUAUGAGAGGCAUGAUCCACUCUGGAGCGAUCCACCGUCACGUUAAACAGCCCCAAUGGGGAGCAUGACUUCUCUACGUACCUAUGCCCCACCCUGUACUCAUGGUCUGCGCCUGCCUCUUCCAUCUUUACACCCCUUCUCUUUCUCUCUAACUCUAGGGUAAUCUCCUUGCGUUAGGUAUCUAUUCCCCCGCGUUGUGCCUGAUUAUCAUAUGAUUCUUGUACAUCCUCAGCAAUGCCAGUCAUGAUCUUAUGAUCGUAUAAUAAGAAUGAAUUGUCGCGUGAAAA